AUGGAAAUGUAUAAAGAAUUGUUAAAUUUGGUGGAACCACUUAUAGCGAAGCAGGAAUGUAUUCGAAUGCCAAUACCUGCAAACACACGUUUGGAAAUUUGUUUGCGCUAUUUAGCUUCUGGUGAUAGCAUGAAAUCACUUUCUUAUGCAUAUCGAGUUGGACACAAUACCAUUUCAAAAAUUGUGUCAGAAACUUGUGAAGCAAUCUGGACGGUGUUAAAAGAUAAAGUUUUUCCAUCAUACAGUGAAGAUACCUGGAAGAAGAUUGCUAACAAAUUUGAAAAUCGGUGGAACUUUCCUAACUGCAUAGGCGCUGUAGAUGGAAAACACGUUAUGAUUCAGACAUUGGAGCUGAAGGACGUCAGAAUGAUGGUGGAGUGUUUAGAAACAGCAACUUGUAUAAAGCAUUGAAAGAAAAUUUAAUAAGAAUACCACCACCAGUUAUUAUUGGAAAUAAUGGACCUGUUUUACCAUACGUGAUUGUGGCAGAUGAAGCUUUUCCUUUAAAAACGUACAUGAUGCGACCAUUUCCCCGAAGUCAAGAACUCAAUAAAACGAGAAAAAUCUUUA